UGACGCCAUCCGCCUGCGACAAAUCUGCUUUCUCCACGAUGGAGGUCUGCGGCUCCCUGACUGUUUCUUUGAGAGAGUUUGGUUGUGAACAGAGCUUGCUGUCUCGACCUGAUGGCUCUGCUUCCUUCGUCCAAGGAGACACGAGUGUGAUGGCUGGAGUGUACGGACCAGCUGAGGUCAAAGUCAGCAAGGAGAUCUAUGACCGGGCGACCCUGGAGGUGUUGGUACAGCCCAAAGUGGGGUUGCCAAGUGUAAGGGAACGAUCGCAAGAGCAGUGUGUGCGAGAAACCUGUGAGGCUUCUCUGCUCCUGACGCUCCAUCCACGCUCCUCGCUCACUCUCAUUCUUCAGGUCCUGCAUGAUGAUGGUUCACUGCUGUCUUGCUGUUUGAAUGCUGCAUGUAUGGCUCUUAUGGAUGCAGGAUUGCCCAUGAGUUGCCUCUUCUGUGGAGUGACUUGUGCCAUCAGCACAGAUGGGCAAAUCAUCACAGAUCCCACUGCAGCUCAGGAAAAGGAAAGUCGAGCUUUGAUGACUUUUGCGAUCGACAGCGCAAAACACAGCGUUUUGAUGUCGUCGACCAAAGGAUCGUUUUCAGUGCACGAGCUGCAGCAGUGCAUAGCAGUCAGUCAGAAAGCAUCAGAGAAGAUCUUCCAGUUCUACAGAGACUCUGUCAAGCGGCGAUACUCCAAAAGCCGAUGAGAAACAUGGAGCUUUCUUUUGCCUAGUCUUUUUUUAUUUUUAUUUUAACAAUGCAUGCAAACACUGAUGUUGUAAUAAAAUAUUUAGAAACCCCUGUGGGCUACAAUUUCUUCACUUCAGUUGUAGUCAGCUGUGCUUUAUGGUGGGAAGGCUUAUAUGAGCACAUUUGUGAGAGAUCAGAAAUGAAAGGAGGAAAGAUGAAUGUCAAACAAGUGCAUUUAUUGGGAUUUGCUGAUUUUCUUUCACUUUAAUAUAUACAUUUAAUACAAGAAUGUGACCUGGGGAAAAGAAAAACCCUGAAUAUUUCUUGUAGUAAUAAAUCCAUUUGCUGCAACCUUUGAACUUCAUCGACUCGCACGACUUGUUAACUGUGUCGGCUUACUAUCCCUACGAGUGACGCAAAGCGAGUCAAACCUGAGCAGAGCCUGUCGCAUGACAGCCUCAUCGUUCGGAGCAAUCCACGUUAAAUGCCUCCAUAUAAAUCAAUAAUUGAUGUAACUCAGCUGUAACAACAAGUUGUGGUUUGUUUUUUCUUCUAUUAAAAUGAGGGUACAGUGGA